AUGAUUCAACUUCCACAACGUCUUGCACCCGUUUGUUCAAUAAUCACACCAUUUUAUACUCUUGCUGUAUCAAUAACGUUUAUCUACGCGUUACAUCAAGCUACAUUAUUACUAGCAUAUAUUUUUAAACCAUCGAAAACAAAAAAAUUAUUCACUAUAUUUAACAACGAUAACAAAACCAACAAUAAUGAUAAUAGUGAAUAUUUACCAUUCGUAACGGUUCAACUACCUAUGUAUAAUGAACGCUAUGUGGCUGGUCGAAUAAUUGAUGCAUGUGCCAAUUUUGAUUAUCCUUCGUCCCGUUAUGAGAUACACGUACUAGAUGAUUCAACAGAUGAUACUGGACAAAUCGUUGACUCAAAAAUUAAAGAAUAUAAACAGAAUAAUAUAACAAUUCGACGUCUAUCUCGUAAAAAUCGAAAUGGUUUUAAAGCGGGUGCAUUACAGAAUGCUGUUUCUUAUGCAAAUGGUCAUUAUUUAGCAAUAUUCGAUGCGGAUUUUGUACCAAAAAAAGACUUUCUAAAACGUACAAUGCCCUAUUUCGUUUCACCCCAGAUAGCUGUUGUACAAACACGUUGGGAACAUUUAAAUGCAAAUUACAAUAUUUUAACACGAGCUCAAGCGAUGGCAUUGAAUGUUCAUUUUACAAUUGAACAAGCUGGUCGUUAUUAUUCAAAUGUAUUUUUGCAGUUUAAUGGCACAGCGGGUAUACACGAAAGAGUUUGGCGAAAAGAAGCGAUUAUAAAUGCUGGCGGCUGGAAAGAUGAUACAAUAACAGAAGAUCUUGAUUUGAGUUAUCGCGCACAGCUAGCCGGCUAUAAAGUUAUUUUUCUGGAAGACGUUGAUACACCAGCUGAGUUACCGAUAUCCAUAAAUGAUUUUAAAUCUCAACAAUAUCGGUGGUCAAAAGGUGCCGCUCAGACCGCUCGCAAAUUAGUUGGCCAAGUUUUAUGUGCAAAACAAUUAUCGUUGUUUGUUCGUUAUCAUGCCGUAAUUCAUCUAUUUUCCAGUUUCCUAUUUUUAAUAUGUUUAUCACAAACCCUUUUACUAGUAGCUGUCGAAAGUCUUUGUACUGAACCAACAAUAUUAAUUUUGACGAAUAUUGUUAAUGCUACUUUACUGUUCAUAACAUCAUAUAUUGGUAAUAGCGAAGCAAAACGUUUAACAGCGCAAGAAAAUGGCUGCCAACAACAGGAUCAACUAAACAAAAACAAGAAUAAAAGUUUUCUAUUGGACUUAUUUAAAUUUCUAUUUCAUUUUUUAUUAUUCCUUUCAUUAAUACAAGCCAUUUGUCUUCAUAAUACAAUUGCAGUUAUUGAUGGUUUAAUACGGAAAAAAGGUGAAUUCAACCGUACACCAAAAUAUAGUGUUGAAACAACAAAAUGUGAAUCAAUAAAACUGAUUAAUAAUAAACGACUGCAUUAUCAGCGAAAAUCGAUUGACUGGCUAGCAUUAGCGGAUAUUAUUUUAUCAAUAGUAUUCAUUUUAAAAACAUUACAUUGUAUUUUCUAUGUCGGAAUUUGGAUAAAACUUGGCACUAUUAUUUUAUAUUCCUCACUAGCUGUUGGCUACUCUGUCGUUAGUGUCGCCACAAUAUUGGAGGUAUUUUAG